CAUUAUUCAGCAUUGAUCAAAAUUAGAAGUAAACUUAAUUUAAUUUUGAGGAGUACUUGUAUUAUUAUACGGUACUUAAAUAAGACAUUAAAAUAUUGCGAUCGAGAUUAUCAUCACUAAACAGUAUCGAUAGUCAUUUCCCAAGAUGCUUCAGUUGGAGGAACUGGAAUUUUACGUUGUUCAAUCAUGGUACCACUGGGGAGGGGAAGGGAAGAAAGUACCAGUGACCAGAAUUAUACAGGUAUUUUGCGUUUAGUUAAUACAGCAAUUACAACCACGUGGAUAAGUGCAUAGGACUGUGGCCUUAUCGAGAUCAUGGGUGAGAAUGGCCCUCUCACAGACACAUCCAUGUUCUUUGAGGAUGAUGAAGAGGAGGUCGACAGACUGGCCAGAGAGGAGGAGGAGGAGAAUGACAAAAUGGUUGAUUCUGACAAAGAGGAUGGCCUAAUGCCCGAACCCUCAUCUUCAGGAAGGGUGUAUGAUCGUACCACGGUACUUAUUGAGCAGGACCCUAUCCACCUGGAUGAGGAGGGAGAAGAGGAUGUCCACUGUGGGACAGAUGAAGAUGGUGUGACAUUUCUGGCCGAUGGAGAAGAGGAGGGGUCCCUGGCCUUUAUGGCUGACCCAGACACUAUGGCCCAGGGCUAUGUGCAUCACACCAUCUCACCCGACCAGAUCCAGUUCAUCAUCAACCCUGGGUCCACCCCCAUGCCCCGCAACAUCGAAGGAGCCACUCUCACUCUACACUCAGAGUGCCCAGAGACUAAGCAGAGAGAGGUGAAGAGGUACCAGUGCACAUUUGAGGGCUGUACGCGCACCUACAGCACAGCCGGAAAUCUGCGGACACAUCAGAAAACGCAUCGUGGUGAAUAUACCUUUGUGUGCAACCAGCAGGGCUGCGGAAAAGCCUUCCUCACCUCCUACAGCCUAAAGAUCCAUGUUCGCGUCCACACUAAGGAGAAGCCCUUUGAGUGUGACGUACAGGGUUGUGAGAAGGCCUUCAACACACUCUACAGGCUGAAAGCGCAUCAACGGUUGCACACAGGAAAGACGUUUAACUGUGAAUCAGAAGGAUGCACCAAGUAUUUUACCACACUCAGUGACCUGAGGAAGCACAUUCGUACUCACACAGGGGAGAAGCCAUUUCGAUGUGAUCAUAAUGGCUGCGGUAAAGCGUUUGCUGCUAGUCACCACCUGAAAACACACGUGCGGACACACACUGGAGAAAAGCCCUUUUUCUGCCCUAGUGACGGCUGUGAGAAGACAUUCAGUUCACAGUACAGUCUGAAGAGUCACAUUCGUGGCCAUGAUAAGGGUCCACCUUACACAGUUAACCUCAACCAUCCUCUCUCAGAGGAUGCAAAUCACUCGUUGUGCCUCAGUGAUUUGAGCCUCAUUUCUACAGACUCUGAGCUCCGUGAGAAUGUCAGCAAUUCUCAGAACUUGGACCUGAAUAAUGUCACUCCUGUGAGGAUAUUUGAACUAAUGUUCCAAAGCCCUGAAAACAGUAUCAGUCAAGAUGAGGCAAAUCCUUCAGGCAAGUACCUCACAAGAUUCAUUAUGUUUUGUGCUAUGUUUCCUAUAUGUGCCAUGUAUGCCAUCACUAUCUUGCGUUGUUUUUCUGCACUUCCAGAUAACUAUGUGGAGACUUACGGCUUGGAGACACCAUCGCAGCCAGCUGUGUCUGAUGCAUCUGCUCUCCUUUCCUUCUCUCAGCUGCAUUCAUCCUCCUCUUCAUCUAGCUCUCUUUCAACCCCAGUCUUAGAGGCUUCCACUCAGCCUGGUUCUUCAUCUUCUCAAACAGCCUCUGGUACAAGCAGCUCUACGUCUACCCCUCCACAGUCUGCCCCCUUCCCCUCGGUUCUCCAUAAUUCACUGCAGACACCAGAAGUGCCCGCUCCCCUUGCAUCCAGUGCUACCCAACACUAUGCACCAGUGUUGCCACCAGCCCUGGCCAGCUCCUUGCCAGUUUCUGCCCCAGCUGUGGUCAGCAUCUCCAGCCCUGCCUCAGCGACAACCAUCAACACAGGGGCAGCAGCAGUCGUAACGCACACAGUGCCUUUAGCAGCUAGCACCAGCCUAGCUCCUGCGCCCACCAUCACCAUUGCACCCACGCAGGGCCUACUACAGCCCAGCCUCGUCAUGGCUGACCAGAACUUGCAGUGGAUUCUUAGCAGUGCUGCCAAUGCACAGCACAACUCUGAACAGCAGGGCCCCAAAGUGGAGAAGGUCUUCUUUACAACAGCCAUACCUGUAGGCGGACAUUCAGGGAACCCUGUGCAGCAAAUAGGCCUUAGUGUCCCAGUCAUCAUCAUUAAGCAGGAGGAAGCUUGCCAAUGUCAGUGUGCAUGCAGAGACUCAGCUAAAGAAAGGAGCUCCAGCCUCAGUGCUGCCUCCUCACAGCAGGAGCCGAAAGACACUUCUAUGCCUCCUGUCCCUCCCCCUCCUCCUCCGCCACCUCCGCCCCUGCAGGUUUCACAGUGCUGUGCUUCCAAAGGGAGCUCUGUUUUUUCCCCACAACAGCACCCGCCUGCGAACACCUCUGCCUCAACUCAGACAUUCCACAGUGAGCCCCUAGCUUCCAACCCUUCCACAGACAGCCUGGCUGGUGUCGAUGUGGUGGACCUCCUCAGCCCAGAGACGACAGCUAACAUUGAGGCUCUGUUAAUGGUUGCUGAUGACUUCUCCAUGGGUGAGGGCAGCAGUAACAAUGACACCUAGAGGAAACUAAGAAAGUACUUCACCACCCCUGCCCUGCCAAGUCACUUCUUUGCCUCACCCUUGGGUCUUAAUUGGCCCUGACAUCUCUUUAUUUCUUAUGAAGUUUUGAUCCAGUGCAUAAGUCAUGUUUAUAAGUAUAAAAAUGCUUAUCUAGGAUCAAUUUAAGUAAUGAUUAUAUGGAUGGGGGAGCCAAUCCUAGAGGCUUAUUAUAUGUGAGCCUUGAGCUAAUAUUUUAGUCACAGUGCAUUGAGAUUCAUUUCAGUAUGUACUUUAGGCAGCCUUGCAGACAAGGAGCUCUCCCCUCUGACAACAAAAUGCGUGUUAGUCAUUUGUCUGAAAUUAUUUUACCUUUUGCACUGUAUUACAGUAGAUGUCCCAAGCUACCUUAUAAUUUGCUAAUAGUCUGUUUAAACCAGUAUAACAAUCAUAUAGCUAGGCAGUUAAAUGAAUAAUAGCACAUCACAAAGAAAGAUUAUAAGGAUGAAGCAAAUGUGGGUUGUAAAACAUGAAUAUUAGACAAGGGGCAUCUCUUAACUUUUAAGAGUAAAAGCAAUAUUGUAAAUCUUAAAUAUUCAGAGGAAUAAAACACUUUGUCAGAUUGAAUCAGACUACUUAGUAUAGUUUGGAGUAGAAUGGGCAGAUUUUAAAGGUACAGGACAGUUACCAGAGUCAAGAAAUCAAAGCACUGAGGAGUGUUGAACUAAGCAAGAUGAUAUAAACCUUCACCAAGCAUAAGAUUUUUUAGACCAACUACACUGAAAUUUCACAACUUAAAAUUUUCACAUGUGAAUGACCAGAAUAUACUGCAUGUCAACUUAAUUGGCAUGUCCAGCACUUUGAAAGGAAAGCAAAGCCCUUUCAGUUAUUGCAGUCUUUUUACACCCACCACAUGCCAUGAUAUAGGAAUGGUAUUUUAUGUGUAAUUGAAUAGAAGAACUACAGUACCCAAGAAAUGUGAUUCAGAUAUAAUCUUGAAGCAGUUUCUGUCAACAGAAGGUGACAAAUUGCUUGCCUUUAAAAUAUGUCUGAUAGGUAUGUUUGGUUGGUUGCCUGAAACUUUGGUAUUUAAUUUUUAAAUGUUAAUUUAUUAAAAUACUUAAUUUCUAUCAUCUGAUCAAUGCAGUGCAUAUUAUACAUAAUUUAGCUCUUAUUUUUCACCAUAUCUUGGUGGACCAGGUUAUGUCUUUUGUUUUUAUCUGCUUAAUGUGUAUUGCUUCUUUUAUUUUUUUCUUCUUGCCUUUGGGUUGCAGGUCAGGCAUGUUAAUGGAGCUGGAGUUACCCAGCCCUGUUCCUGCUGUGGCGUUACAGAUUUCAGCCUUUGUUUAACUCUUCUGCCUUUAUUUAAACCCAUGUACAUCUAUUUAUGGCCUGCUCAGGGAUAUAAAAAAUUGAGGUAGAAACAUCUGUGCUGUCCCUGAAACAACAUAAAAUGAACAGAAGUGUAAGAGCUUCAUCUGUUGUCUUACAACUGUGUGCACAUUACCAAACCCAGGUUUAGAUAAUCCAGAAAACAAUUAGUUAACUUGCCUGCACCCGUACACCUCCCUGUUCAUACACCACUGCUGUAUAGAGAGGUUCUAAGGAGCUGAUUUUAAUGUAAAUAUAAUGUAGUACAUUUGAAAUUAUAAAUGUUUAAACCUUUAGAUUGUAUUUGUAUUUUUGUAUAGAACCGGGGGGGGUGGGGAGGUCACACUUUGGGUUUAAAAUGGAGGAUAUGACAAUGCACUGCCCUUUUUUUUUUGCGCAACCCAACUGGUCACCAGUUCACCAUGCAGUAAUGCUUGUAAUGUUUGUUUUUUGAAGAAAUAUUUUCAUGUUUGGAUAUGGUGUGCUGGUGUGCAUUAUGGCAUUAAAUAUCUUACCAUAUUCCCCAGAUCUACUCUUGAUAACACUGCCUUACAGCUUUGAUACAGGGAGAUUUUAUAUAUAUAUAUAUACACACACGCACUUAGCUGUACAUCAUUUGAUAUUUGCUUCAAACUUGUCAAAGCUCAACAGUCCUCACAGACACUAGUAAAAUGCCUCUCAUUACAACAUGGCAUUCAAGAAAAGAAAAUUGGUUAAAUCAUACAUUUUAUUUUGGGAUCGUUUGAGUCAGUGCCAUGAAAUUGUUACUCAGUUGUAAAAAUUGUUAACCAUAAAUUUACUUCUAAAGUGUAUGCACAUAGUUACCUCACAAUACACAUGGAGACAGAGUCUGUCAGUUUAACAUGUUGGUUCUUUCUUCUAAAAUAUUCCCAGGAUUUUGACAGACUAAAAAGAAAUCUGCUUGUGAAUGAUUGUGCCAGUUAAGACAUAUGGUAUGUCUUUUUAGUAUGAAGAGUGUUUGGACAAAAGUUAUAGGAUUAUUCAAUUUUUACAUGCUCAGAAAUGAGUAUCCUGGUGGAAAUUCACUUUACUGUCUAAAUGAGGAGAACUCCUGGGAUAAUUUUCCUCUUCAUUUCCUUCCCACAAUGAUACAAAUUGAGUCCAAAAACUACUUGGAAGUUAUAUGAACUUAGAGUAUUAUACGUUACAUGCAUGCAUUUUCUUCCCUUUUUUUGUUAUAGUGAGAUCUAUGCAAAAUGUACAUUUCCCAUACUUCAUGAGCCCCUAUUACUCAACCAAGUUUCAGCUCUUUGUAAAUACCAUAUUAAGUAACCUUUUGCUUCAUUGUUGUGAGUCACCACUAGUUUAAAUCAAUUAACUACAUAGACUGCAUAAGGCAUGCUACUCUGCAGGAUGUGAAAUAUCCAGUCUCUAAAGGUGGCUUAAGGUAGUCAGGAGCUAGCCAUUUAUACUCAUCCCUUUUAAUCUUCUGUUUCAUAUGACUGACCUAGGUAUUACAUUCUAAUGUUUAUAUGGGCAUUGUAAUCUUUUGGUAGUUGUCUUUUUACAGAUGUUUUGUGGUGCCCAAAACAUUGUUGUUAGCACAUGUAGUUCAAUAGGCAAUCUUCACACAAGUCAGUAAUUCUGUUGUAAGAAUUGCCAUUUUCAAAUUUCUGGUUGACCUUUGGAUUAAAGUUGUACAUGAACCCUUGUAUCUUUUAAGCAA